AUGGAUGAUAUUCCACAACAUUCAAAUGAUGAUUGGAGUAUCACAUUUUGUAUUAUUGGUACUGCUUGUUCAAAUACUCAACUUUUAACUGCUCUUGAUGAUCGAUAUGUCUUUGAGUGUAUUAAUAAUGAACGAGAUAUUAUUAAAACAUUAUCUGAUAUAAAACAUUCUUUAUCGAAACGACAAUUACGAAUUUUUAUUAUUGAUUCAUUUGAUGAUAAGACAUUUUAUAGUUUAAAAGACAAUGACAAUAUGUAUAUAAUUAGUUCCGAACUUGUUUUAAUUUGUGCCGAAAAGAAAAUUGAUAUUCCAGUACCGAGAAGAAAUCGACCAUUAUACUCUCAACAAUUAGAAUCAGCCGUUGUUUGUUUUGUUGGUAGUAUUCGGCGUGAAAUUCAUGCAAAAUUUAGUGAUAUUGUUCAUUAUUUGGGUGGAUCCGUUCGAAAAGAUUAUAAUGAACAAGUAACACAUGUAAUCUCAUUUGCUAAUCUCGGUGAAAAAUAUCUGACGGCUUUUAAUAUGGAAAAAAGUGAAAUUCUUACUGAAGAUUGGUUAUUAGAAUGUUGGAAACAAAGAAAUAAUCGAUUAUUUAAUGCAUUUGAUACAGAUUUUCUUCGACAAUAUCGUGCUAAACCAUUACAUAAUCUCUGUUUAUUCUUUUUCGAUACAAUUGAUGAUACAGAACAACAUCAAUUACAUACACUUACACUUAAUAAUGGUGGAUUUACUACAACAGAAAUGUCUGAUGCUACACAUAUAAUCUUUUGUAAUGGAACCGAUGUUUCAACAUUUCUUUCUACUUAUCCUUCAUUUAAACGUAAACAUCGCCAAUAUAUUGUUAAUGUUCAAUGGUUUUGGGAAUGUUUAUGUUUAAUGGGUAAAGCCGAUGAAUCGAUCUAUUCAAUAAAAAUACCAGGUAUGAAUGAACAAGCCACAUCCGAAUCUCCACGAUUAAUUUUAUCAACAUCAUUAAAUGAUUCAAAUUAUCUUCAGGCAACAUCUGUUAAACGUAAACGACGAAAAGACUCCGAUUCAAAUAAUGAAACUACUGUUUCACCAAAUUCUAAACGUUUUAAUAAUAGUAAUGAAAAUGAAGAUGGUCUUAAUAAUGAUGAUGAUGAUGAUGAUGAUAAUGAUCAAUUAAAAAUUGUAAAUAUUAAAAGAGAUAAUAAAUAUUUGAUUGGAAUGGAAAUUCGCGACACAGAAAGAAAUUAUGUUACAAUGUUAGGAAAUAUCAUACGAAUUUUUAAAACUGAAAUGGAAAAUGAUGAUCGUCGUAAUGGACCAAUUUUAACUAAAGUUGAAAGUACACAAAUAUUUGGAAAUAUUGAAGAAAUUUAUCAUUUACAUUUAACUAUUGCUGAACAACUUGAUCGAGCAAUUAAUGAAGAUAAAUGUAUUGGUUCAGUAUUUUUAGCAAAUACUACUGAACUUCUACGUGUUUAUCAACCAUAUACAAAAUUUUAUGAUAAAACUAUUCAAGCAAUACAUUCUCUUGAAAAAAGCAAUUCUCGUUUUUAUGCAUAUCUCAAAAUUUGUGAACAUAAAUCUGAAUUAGGCAAACAACAUUUAGUUGAUCUAAUGAUUCGACCUAUUCAACGUUUACCAAGUGUUUUAUUACUUUUAGAACGUUUACUUAAAUAUAUACCUGAAACACAUUCAAAUUAUGAAUCUUUAAUUCAUACAAUUGAUAAAUUACGUGAUGUAACAAAAAAAUUAAAUGAUGAACGAGGAAAAACAGAAAAACAUCUUUCAUUAUUUAGUAUUGUUAAUAGUAUUGAGAAUUGUCCACCUGAAUUACUUGCUGCACAUCGUGAUUAUUUACAAAAAUUUAAUCUAAUUGAACUUUCACAAGAAUUAACUGGAAAACGAACACAUUUAAUACUUUUUCUUUUCUCCGAUUGUAUUGAAAUAACAAAAUUACGUGUUAAUACAUGGAAAACUUCAGUUGUUAAAUCCUAUAAACAUGUUGCAUUAAUACAACUUAGUGAUAUACAUAGUUUAUUUGAUUAUCCAUCAUCAAAUGAUGAAUAUGAACAGUUCGGUAUGCUUUGUGCAAUUGAUGGUCAAGUUCGUCAAUUAAUAUUCCGUGUUGCUGAUAAUAAUCCUAUGUCAAUAUCACGAUCACAUUUAACAGAUUCAAUCACAUCAUUAUCAGCUAUAUCAAGUUUAAAUCAAACAAAUAAAACAGAAGUUUUACAAAGUUUAGCAAAAGCUCUUGCAGAAGAACGAUGUUUACUCGAUAAAACAUCAUUACUUGAAAAUAUUGGCUCCGAAAAUCGAAUAUUAGCACCACUAUCAUCAAUAGAUUUCAUGCCUGAUAGUGAUACAUUAUCAACUCAUUCAACUAUAAGUACAACAACAACUGGUGGAUUGAAUUCAGUUGGAAAUGCAUUACGAAGUGGUUUAUGUCGAGCAAAAAGCCGACUUAGUCGAACAUUUUCAUUCAGUCCAAUAUCAUCAAAAAAUCGUUUGAAAAAAAUCUUAACAUCAAAUAGUUCAUUGUUACAUCUAGGUGAAAAAGAUUCAAAUAAUUUCAAUUCAAUGAAACGAUUAAGCGUACCAUCACGACAAGAUUCAUUUACAAGUGAACGCAAUUUUCCUCGAUCACCAUCGAAAUUUAUGCAUUCAAUACAAGAACAUUAG